GUGAGUACAAGUUUACUGAUUGUGCACUCGUAACUUUUUGCAAGGAAGGUGUGCAAAAUUAGCAGUCAAAAGGCUUAUUUGUUUUAGCAACUAAUGAUGAAAAAGUCUAUAUAAAGAUUAUCUUCGAUUGAGUCGAGCAUUCAGUCGAUCGCGGUCCUUCAUUCGAUGCUCAUGCGUCGAAGUUUGAACAAAUAAUAAGUAUUACGAUUAUCGAAAACAAGACUGUAAAUAUUUAAUAGAACACCUGACAAAUCCAAGAGAAGAGCACCGAAGACCUGUGAGGCAAAGGAUUUAUAGUUCAAUAAGUAUCUGAAAACAUGGGCGUUGGGGACUUAGUCAAACGAUGGUGGUGGGGCGGCGACCCUGAUGAGAGAAACAAAGUAUCUGGCAUGUCACUGAGGGAUAUCUACAAUGUGCAAAAAUCUUGGGCUGUCAUUAAUGCAAACUCCAACGGAAAUGGAUUCCUUAUGUUUUUUAGGCUUUUCGAAGCAGAACCAGAAACGAAGACAUUCUUCAAGAACUUGGCCCACAUCCACACUGAAGAAGAAAUGACGGCGAAUGUUAGUUUUAGAGCGCAUAUCAUCAACAUUAUGUCUUCCUUCGACAAUUCUAUCAAGAAUCUGGACAAACCUGAGCUGGUUGUAGCGUGGAUGCAGAAGCUCGGAGACUCCCAUCGAAGGCAUAGAAUUGAGAAGAGGCAUUUCCAUGUAUUCAAAGAUGUGCUGGUAAACAUUCUGCAGAAGGACUUGAAACUGGAACCUGAAGUUGUAGAAUCCUGGGAUAGAUACGUCGAGUUUAUAUACGAACAUUUACUCUCUAGAUUGGCGUCAUAAAUAAUAAAAUAAAAUGAAAAGCACAGUGGUAGACUUUUCACCUACAACGUCAAUUUUUAUGAAACAACAACCGCC